AUGGGCACGACAGGAACCAUCGAUCGCAAGGCCCUAGAAAGCACCACACUCAGCAGCAACAAACAAGGGCCGUGGUGGAAAGAUGCAGGCCUUUGCAAGCUCAACUUCCUGCUCUUCUUCCUCAUGUUCAGCGAAUUCACACAGGGCUAUGAUGCAUCCUUGAUAAAUAAUGUGCAGCAAUUGAAAGUCUGGGAAACAGAUUUCAAUCAUCCCCAUGGCAGUCUUCUGGGGGCUAUGAGUGCCAUGUACUGGAUAGGCAACAUCGUCGGCGUCAUCUUCAUCUCCAGCGUCUCGGACCGAUUCGGUCGAAAAUGGUGUCUAUUCUUUGGAUCGAUCGUAUGUCUCGCCGGCACUGGCCUGGCAACAGGAGCCUCCAAUGCCGGUCUUUUUAUUGCCGGUCGUCUUUUACUGGGAAUUGGUGGUGUCGUUGUCGCUGCCAUUGGGCCAGUGUGGAUGAGUGAACUGGCGUAUCCAGAUCAGAGAGGGACGGCGACAGCUUUGUCGAAUUCUACGUAUAGUGCUGGGGCGAUUAUCGCCGCAUGGGUGACUUUUGGGUCUUUUCGAUUGACCAGUUCUUGGGCAUGGCGGGUUCCAACAAUCCUCCAGGCAUUCCCAUCCGUUAUCCAGAUAAUCGGUUCGAUCAUUCUGCCCGAAUCUCCCCGCUGGCUCGUCAGCAAAAACCGCGAAGAAGAAGCCCUCAACAUCCUAGCCAAAUAUCACGGUAAUGGCAACCCAGAUGACCCAGUCGUCCAAUUUGAAUUCCAUGAAAUGAAAGAAACCAUUGAGAUGGAAAUCAAUGCCAACAAAACCACCUGGCGAACCCUCAUCAACACGCGCGGAAAUCGCUGGCGAUCUUUCAUCCUCAUCUGGUGCGGAAUCUGCAAACAAUGGUCCGGCAACGGCCUCGUAAGCUACUACCUCAGCAGCAUGCUUAAAUCCGCCGGCAUCACGAAACAAAUCGACACCACCCUCAUCACCGCCACCAGUCAGAUGUUCAGUUUCGGCUGCUCGCUCGCUUUCUCCUUCUUGCCCAGUCGCGUCGGGAGACGGCCUCUUCUCCUCUGGUCGAUGGCACUGAUGUGGCUCGUCUUUGCCCUGAUCACCUCCUGCACGGGCGUGUUCGUGGAAACGGGGAAUCAGUCUGCGUCGUAUGCGACGGUUGCGUUUAUUUAUCUCUACAGUGGGGUUCAUAAUAUUGGGUGGACGGGGGCGAUGUUGUUGUACGUGGUUGAGAUCUUGCCCUAUUCCAUUCGCGCCAAAGGGAUUGCGCUCUUUUGGCUUAUUACUGGGGCCACCGGUGCUUUCAACACGUAUGUCAAUCCACUCGGUAUCGAUGCGUUUUCGUGGAAGUUUUACUUCUUCUAUGUGGUCUGGAUUAUCAUUGAGUUUGUCGUGGUCUACUUUUUCUUCAUCGAGACCAAAGGACCGAGUCUGGAACAGGUUGCUCUGCUUUUCGAUGGGAAAGAUGCUACUGUUGGACAGGUCAAUCCAGUGGCGGAGGAUUUUCUGGAUAACGGGGAAAAGUUAAAGGAAGGCAAAGGAGAGACUCGAGAGAUCGAAGUUGUAAGGCAAUAA